UUAUCAAUUAAUAAUUAAAUUAAUUAAAAAUGUUUAAUACUGGUAAGAGAGGGUCAGGUUCAGGUCCUUCAUUAAAACCCCGUCAUAAAAGUAAAGGAUUUUUACCAUUACCAGCAACUUUUAAUAUUAAUUCUAUACGUAGUUUCCAACGUAAGAAUUCUACAACUAUAAUUAUAACUAUACUAUUAAUUUGGUUUAUAUUUAAUCCUUUACAUUUAUUAAAUAAUAUAUUUAAAUCAAAUAAUUAUAAAGAUUAUCCAAAACCUCAUCCUUUAACAAGUAUUCAUAGUAUUGAAACUGAUUCAAAAUAUAUUUAUCCACCAAUUGAACAUGCUCCCUUACUUAAAGAAUUAACAGUUCAUAAACUUAUUAAAGAAUCUCGAGUUAGAGAUUCAAAUUUUCCAGAAAUUGAAAAAAAUGUUAUUACAUCACUUAAUUCAUUUGAUGAUCCAGAUCCAUUAAUUCAAAAACAAAAGGAAGAUGAAGAAAAUGCUAUAUCAAAUUUAUCAGUAGCUAAAAAUGCCUUUAAAAAUCAUGAUAAAGUAAUUUAUAAACCUCUGAAAAAUCAAAAUUAUCCAGAAAUAAUUGUUGUAUCAGCUGUAGAUUUUGAAAAAUAUACUCUUGAUGGUUUAACAAAAAUUGUUCAAAAUCGUGUUGAUUAUGCUCAUCAACAAGGUUAUGGAGUUUAUAUUAGAUGGUAUCAAGAAUUUUUACCAAUAUUAAAUUCACUUAGUUUCUUACAAUUAAAGGAAAAAAAGAAAUGGGUUCGUAUUUAUUGUAUGCGAGCUGCUAUGCAUGCAUUUCCAGAAUCUAAAUGGUUUUGGUAUCUUGAUGAAGAUGGACUUAUAAUGGAUAUGAAUAUUGAUUUAGAUGAUUAUAUAUUAGCCAGUGAUUCUUUACGCCCAGUAAUGCAAAGAGAACAACCAAUUAUACCACCAAAUGGGGCAAUAAAGACUUAUAAAAAUGCGAGACCAGAAAAUAUUCGAUUAAUAAUUACUCAAUCUGAUGCGAAAGUUGAAACUGAAUCAUAUAUUAUAAAGAAUGAUUCAGUUGGUAGAUCAAUUAUAGAAAUUUGGGGGAAUCCUUUAUAUUUAAAUUAUCCAAGUUUCCCAUUUGGUCCGGAUUCAGCUUUAACUCAUAUUUUACAAUGGCAUCCAUUUAUAUUAAGUAAAACAGCUAUUAUACCUGCUAGAAAUAUUGCUUCUAUUCAUAAUACUGGUAAUAUUGGAGAUGCAAGUACUGAUAAACUUCAUUAUUUCGAUGGAGAUUUUGCAGCUACUUGGUCUUCUUGUGAAUCUCCUGCUAGAUGUGAAAAGAUUUUGGAUACUUAUGAUACUAAGCUUAAGGCUAGUAUUAAGAAACAGUAGUUAAUUUACAUAUACAUUCCAGAUACCAUUAUUUAUACCAUCAUUAUAUAUAUAUAUAUCAUUAUACAACAUUAUACACAU